AUGGGAUUAAUAUUCAAUUGCGGAAAUUAGUAUUGUUUCAUUAAUAUAAUAAUUUGUUAAAUAACGCCUAUGUCUUCGUACCGGUUUUAGGCGCAUACGCAGGUCAGGUGAAGAAAAAGCGCGAGCGACGCUUGCAUUCGUCAGUCGCACCAGGGUCGCCAGAGGGGUCGGACCAUAAUCUAGUCAUUGUAUUUUUAAAUAUUUUUUAAUCAUAUAAUCAAAAAGGUCAUCAUGAAAGUGUUCAUCGUAUUGGCUGCUGUAGCCGCUCUUACGAGUGCGCAAUCGCAAUUCAAAUGCCCCAACAAAGAUGGCCAGUAUGAAGAUGAUCGGCAGUGUGACAAAUUCUACCAGUGCGUGGAUGGUGUUGCCACCACCAAGCUGUGCCCCGACGGACUUGUGUUCGACCCCACCAUCAGGAAAAUCAACAAGUGCGACCAACCCUUCAAUGUAGACUGUGGUGACAGGACCGAACUCCAACCCGCAAGUUCUAGCGAGAAAUGCCCCCGCCGCAACGGCUUCUUCUCUCACCCAGACCCUGCCGUCUGCAACAUAUUCUUCAACUGUAUCGAAGGUGAAGUGGUCGAGGUCAAGUGUACCGCUGGUCUCCACUUCGACGAAUACUCCGGAACCUGUGUGUGGCCCGAUUCUGCUGGCAGACAAGGAUGUAAUGCCCAAGACAAGAAGACUAAGGAUGGUUUCGAGUGCCCCAAGGAUCAGAAGAAAGACCCCCAGGGUCAAGCCGUCGCUCACCCCAAGUUCCCCCACCCUAACGACUGCCAACGUUUCUAUGUGUGCUUGAACGGUGUUGAGCCCCGUGACCUUGGCUGCCAAGUCGGAGAGGUCUACAAUGAGGAAACCGAAAGGUGUGACGCGCCUGAGAACGUACGCGGAUGCGAGGAUUGGUACAAGGAUUCCGAAGACGCUGCUCCGGGACCCAAGGCGAGAUCUUAAGCUAAUAAUAGAUAAAUUAGUUACACCUAAGACUUGAUAAGUUAAUAUACGUUAAGAUA